AUGAUGCUGCUUCUGAUUCUGACGCUGUCCAAAGUUGUCCACAAUGUGCGAUCAUUCAAUUUCGGCGCGCCACACAAAAUUGGUAUUCAGAUGGCGGCGGCGGUCACGUCGAGUUCAUAUUUGCGUUGGGUGCCGCCGAAUUCGCAAGAAUGGAGGCACACCAACAUCUCAUUGAAUGUUCGAAUGUAUUGGGAGGGGCGAUGGGCUCGCGCGAGAUACGCGAAAGGCUGCUCCGGCGACGACGACAUCAAGAUCAUACCCGUCUACUUUUGGCCCGGCGAGCGUGUCGACCUCAAUUGCAACAUGUGUCGAAUCUCAUAUUUGAUGAACGGCCUGGUGAAGCGAUGGGGCUACGCCGAGGACAUCGACGAGUUCCUAUUGAAUCCGCAACAGUUCACAAGGGUCAACGAGCUGUGGUCCGAGGUGCACAACGUCGAAUGGCACGAUGAGAAGACGAGCGAGCCGGAUGGCGGUGAAGGCGACGCGAUUUAUUUGCCGAACACCAACGGCGAGCGGUCGAACGCGAACGGCGAGCGCGUUCGCAAAACUCAUCCGAAAUAUUGGCAGAAUAAUGGCCGACUCACGAUGCUGAAUCUCGACGCGCGCGCACAAGGUGUCUAUUUUUGCUAUGACGACGAAUCGAAAAAGCACACGAGCUUUUUCUAUGUGCUAAUGGCAAUGCUUCCGCCGUUUCGCAUCACCACCGACAACCCGAAUCUAUACAGCGAUUAUUGCGGCGAGCCGAACGACGACAAAAUCUCGCCGGCGUGGAAUUGGAGAUAUCAUUUUUUGCCGAUGGCCGAUUUUCACGCGCCGCCGUCGUGCCGAUUCGAUGGCGACGGUGACGUCGCGUCGUGCCGAUUCGACGACGACGCCGACGAGGCGGCGUCGAAUUGGCCGCCGAACAUUGUCGCCGACGAGUGUAAUCGCGACAAGUGCCGCGCGAAAUUAAUCUCGCCGUCGCCGAAUAUCGAUUAUUAUAUCGAAAUGCGUUGGGAUGAAUGGACGUCGUGCGACGGCGCGCAAACGACGAAACGACGCGAAGCGCAUUGCUAUUUGGUGCGCGGCGAGAAGGGCGCGAUGAACGUGGCGAAUUGGGGCGACGCCAAAUUCUACAAAUGGGCGCGCCAUUUGGAGACGGUGUUUGAUCGAAAACCAUUCGAUACGGAAGGCAUUCGUCUUUAUAGCUCACUAUUGACCGCUGCAAUUUACGAUCAAACGAAAUUGACAAAUUGCCACAACGCCGAUGAUAGCGAGCGAUAUGAAUUGUACGACCAAGUCUGGCGCAAUGUGUUCAUGCGCAGUUUUGGUCUCACCACGGCCGACGGCAAACCAAUCGAAUCCGACAACAAUGACGCGAAUAGCACUAUUCGAAAUCCGCUCGCUGCUUGUCUCAGAUAUUCAAUUCACAAUGGUGUCGAAAAUCUUUUGGGAACGUUUGCAACCCAAGUCGAUUAUUGCUGA